GAGCCCAGUGGAGUCAUCCGCACGAGCCUCUUCAUCAGCUGUGGUGUGUCGUGGAGUGAGAAACUUCGUUCCUCCCUCCUCCGCCUCCACAUUUAGCCUUUUUUGACUACUUAUUUUUGGACCUCGUUUUAUUUAACUUUAUUCGAGCGCAGCCGAGGCCUCUAUUUAUCGACAGCUUCUGUUGUAUUUGGUUCCUGACCCUCUCGGAGGAUUUUUUGACCAAUAAACCCAACAACUGGACCGACCAAGUUUCCCCCCCACGUUCUGUGCGAGGAAUGAGAGCACUGCUGGAGAGGAAGAGCCGAAACUCCCACGUUUGAGUGAACAAAAGGACAGAAAAGAGGCAACUGCCGCCGGAAUGGAGGAAAACACUCUGCCAGCAGCAACACACUGUUCAGUCCUGGAGAGCAAAUCUUUAAGACCUGACCCAGAGGGUGAAAGCAGCCCCUCCAAGACGGGCGACAGCCAGAAAAUGAGCUCUCCGACAAAGAAGGAAACAGAUCCAAGGCUGACGCCCCCCGCCAAGUCUGACGACAUCUCACGAUCACCUGCCUCACCGGCAUCGCCGCUUCCCCGAUCCAAACGAGACACCCCAAGGUCAGAGGAGAGGCAGAAGCUUGCAAAAGAGCGGCGAGAGGAGAAAGCCAAGUAUCUUGAAGAGCUCAGCAAGUUGCAAGCUGCCAAAAAGAGCCAGUGGCUGGAGAAGGAGGAGAAGGCCCGGCAGCUGAGGGAGCAGCAGCUCGAGGAACGUCGCAGGAAGCUCGAAGAGCAGCGAAUCAAAGCGGAAAAACGGCGAGUGGCCUUGGAAGAGAGACAGAAGCAGAAACUGGAGAAGAACAAAGAGCGCUACGAGGCAGCCAUCCACAGGUCAACGAAGAAGACGUGGGCAGAGAUCCGCCAGCAGAGAUGCUCAUGGGCCGGCACACUCAACCAGAAAUCCAACCAGAAAGAAAGCAGAUGCUCACUUUCAACGGUCAACCUGCCCAAACACGUGGACUCUGUUAUAAACAAGAGACUCUCCAAGUCCUCCGCCACACUCUGGAACUCUCCCACCAGAACUCGCAGCCUUGCUCUGAGCCCAUGGGAGAGCAGCAUCGUGGACCGAUUGAUGACGCCAACGCUGUCUUUUCUGGCUCGUAGUCGCAGUGCAGCCAGUGUCCUCACCACCGGAAGAGAUGGGCACUCGACUCUGUGCCCUCGAUCGGCCUCAGCCAGCCCCCUCACAGUGUCACACCAGCCCCACCACCGCUGCUCUGACCGCUGGAGGGUGACCUCCAGCACGCCGGACAUCGCCCUGCGCCAACACAGACGGAGUUCCACACCUAUGGAUAAAAACAAAAAAGAGAAAAAGGACAAGGAACGAGAGAACGAGAAGGAAAAAAAUGCCAUCACUAAAGAGAAGGUUUUAAAGAAAAGACAGAGUCUGCCCAGUAUGAGACACAGACCUGACCCGAGUCCCAGUCCUUUAGCAAGACGACCUGCUUCCCCAGCCACGCCGAAGGCCCGAACCGCCUCCCCCAGCGCCGCUGCCUCAUCCAAGCCCCCAACGGCACGCGAGAGCCCAUCGACUCCAAAGGCUCGUCCCAAAAGAGCCAGAACGCCUGCCAGGAUAGAACACCGGACCUCGUCUCCUGCGCCCAUCGAGCGCUUGAAGGAACCUCGCAGGCCUUCCACUCCUGAGGAGAGAAAGAGUUCCCCCGUUGUUCCCACUCUUGUAGUGUCACCGUCUGCCUCCGCCUCUCAGGAGACGACCAAGCCCUUAACAAACGAGAGCGGUCCUUCCCAGCCCGAGCCGGCCCACCGAGCAGCAUCGCCUGCCCCCUCUCCCACAGCCAAGCCCAUGGCUGGCACCAACGAUCCCGAGGAGGCCGCUCGGAUCCUGGCAGAAAAGCGGCGCCAGGCCCGAGAACAGAGGGAGAGGGAGGAGCAAGAGCGCCGCGAGCAGGAGGAGAAGGAGAGGGUCCUGAAAGAGGAGCGGAUUGCAAGGGAGGCCAAGGAGAGGCAGCGAAGAGAAGAGGAGGCCCGAGCCAUGGCUGAGGAGCAGCGGAAGAGAGAUGAAGAGAAGCGACUCCAGGACGAAAAGGAGGAGCAGGAGAAAGCCAGAGCUGAACAGGAGGAGAACCUACGCCUCCAGAAACAAAAGGAAGAGGCCGAGGCUAAAGCCCGCGAGGAGGCGGAGAAGCAGCGUCAGGAGAGGGAGAAACACUUUCAGAAGGAGGAGCAGGAGAGACUGGAGAGAAAACGGCGUCUGGAGGAGAUCAUGAAGAGAACACGCAAGACUGACGGAGGAGACAAGAAAGAGACCAAGUCCUCCACAACUGCACAAGUCAACGAGAAACAGGAAGAGAACGGCAAAGCUUCUGCUGACUACCAGCCUAAACAGGAAAUCAACAUGUCCAAUAACAAGACGGAGAACGGACAGACCACUCUCACAGAGAGUCUCUCGGUGGUGAAUGGGAUCCAGCCCGUGACGCAUGAAAACGGCCUCUCCACUAAAGAAGACGCAGCGCAUUUUGAAGACCUCAUCCAGGUUGCAAAUCACGGACACACUACGAACGGAACCGGAGAGAAGUCCGACACCAGCAUGACCGCGGAGCAGAUUCUUGCUUUCGAAAGUGAGGAGUCGUUCCUCAUGAAGGCGUCUCCCAUGAAGCCUCAGCACGUUGCAGAGGUUCUGUGACGCGUUCCAGUGCUGACACACUCGCCGCCUUACAAGUUUCCUCGCUCUCUGCCACUGUUCACAUGCAAGCCUUGUGACCUGUGCCAAUCAGUGACCCCGCUCCACGCUCCUUAAGGAAGACUCACCUCUCCGAGGACGCCGACGCUCCAUCAAACGCCUCACAAAAGGGAUGACCCCCCCUCCCCUGCAUACGGCACAGGUGCAUCAGUGUUAUUUGUGAAGAUCUUUUACCGCUCAUAUUCUGCGAGACAUCCUCUGCAUCACAAUGCAGCCAUUUUUCUCUGAAAAACUGAAUUGUUCUAUUUGUCUUGUAGUUAUUUAAAUGAAAGAAACAUAAAAAGACUGGCUGUAUUUCUGUGAAUACUGUAAAUGAACUUUGUGUGUCUAACAAAAAAAGAAGGAACAAACUUUGAUGAAAGGGAACAGCUCAGCAAUGAGGACAUUUUCUUCUUGAACGCAGGUAUUCCUCAUCCUGGUUUUGUAUAAAGCUGCCUGUUUUGUAAAGUUAUAUAAAGAAAUCAAAACAUUUUGAAAUGUAAGUUAAGAAGAAAUGGAUUCCUAUUUUGCAUAAAGAUAUUGCCUCCCCUAAAUCCCUGGUUUUAGGAAGAAUCGGACGUAAUCAUGUAAACAACGCCAAACACGAGAAACGAUCUAAAGUCAAAACUUUAGAGAAUAUUUUUGCUCCUUUCGACUAGUUUUAAAUGUUUCCUCCACAUGUGCAAGCAUGACACACAUUUCCAUCACCCCAGCUGAGACUCUUAGGUUUUUGAGAUGCUGUUGUGUGUUUAUGCUUUACAUUUUGAUGUGUAUUGUAAGAUCAAUGGGAGCACCUGAGGUCUUAUUAAAGACGAGCCUUCCAGUCUGUUUUCUGUCAAUAAAUAUGGAAACAAAUCUGAGAGUAUUCAUAA